AUGGAAGCCCCCAAGGGGCUUUCCGAAAACUUGCAAGCGCGGGAGCCCCGGCCGCCAGGUGUAUAUACACUCCACGCAGACGUCGAACUCCUCUUGGACCAGAUUCGCCAAGGGACCUGCAAAGACAGCAUUAUUCAGCUUCUCGUCGAUCCAGAGACUUGCCAGAUCUCAGCGAAGAAGACUUUGCCGUUUGACAGCAGCAGCAGAAAAGAGCGGCUGAAUUGGAUUCUCUGCAGCGCCAAAGAAGAAGGGCCUUCUCUUUUUGUUUUUCGAAUAGACUUGCGCUCCAACUCUCCGGAAUGGGCGCUGCUGGUGUGGGCCCCCAAGAGCUCCCUUUCCGUGGCCGAAAGGGCCUUUUACUUCACAGCUUUGUCUUGGCUUUCGAGUUCCUUCGUGGACACGAAUCUUCCCCGCGAGUUCUACGUCACUGAGGAGGCUGAAAUGCCGGUGUUCAAGUGGACCUGA